AUGUCCACUGGCCAUCUUUCGCCGUCGCCUGCAGUGCUGCAGCAGCAGCAGCCUGGGGGAGCAGCAGCAACAGGGCCGCAGCCGCCUUUGGCGGCUCCUCAGCAGCUGCAGGGUUCUUCUCCGUUGGUGGGUGGAGCGCCUGCGGCUGUUGGAACGCAGCAGGGUGGCCAGCAGCAACAGGGUGCGCAGCAGCAGCAGGAUGCUUCUGCCCAGCAGCAACAGCUGGCGCAGGUGCAGCCUCCCGCGCAGCAGCAAGCAUCGCAGCAGCAGGUUGCCGCUCCUUCAAACACAUUGCCUUCGACGUCUCACCCGACCUAUGUAUCCCCUUCUCUGUACAUCGGAGAUCUGCAGCCAGACGUGACGGAAGCCAUGCUCUUUGAGGUAUUCAACUCGGUGGGGCCUGUGACUUCGAUCCGCGUAUGCAGAGACACUGUAAGCCGCAGGAGUCUUGGGUAUGCAUACGUGAAUUACCAGACAUUUCAGGAUGCUGAGCGCUCUUUGGAUGCGCUAAACUUCACUAUCAUUAGAGGGCGACCAUGCCGCAUCAUGUGGAGCCAACGGGACCCAAGUUUGCGCAAGAGCGGCGCCGGCAAUGUCUUUGUGAAGAACUUGGAUCGUAACAUAGACAAUAAGGCUUUGUAUGACACAUUCUCCCUCUUUGGAAACAUUCUCAGCUGCAAGGUUGGAGUGGAUGAGGCUAAUAGAAGCAAGGGCUACGGUUUCGUGCACUACGAGAGUGAGGCUUCUGCAAGGAACGCUAUUGAAAAGGUUAAUGGUAUGCUUAUAGGUGGCAAGACAGUGUACGUCGGGCCAUUCAUAACGAGGUCAGAACGUGAGAGUGCAGGAGUCAACCGUUUUACAAAUGUUUACUUAAAGAACUUGCCGAGAUGCUGGUCAGAUCCGGAAUCCUUGCGCCCUAUACUGGAACCUUUCGGGGAGAUCACAAGCCUUGUUGUUAAACAAGAUCCAAAAGGCCGCCCCUUUGCCUUCUGCAACUAUGCGGAGCAUUCAGCAGCUAACGCCUGUGUGGAGACACUCAACGGCAAGGUUGUGAACUCUGAGGGCUUCAAGGAGGCACCUGCUGCAGCAAAUGAUACAGCAGCAACCGGACAGACGGGAGGUGCACAGGGAGAGACAGACGACGCGUCCGCGGGAAAGUCCAAGGAUGCUGCAGCAACAAACUCCAACAGCAGCAACACCAGCAACGGCACAUCCACCACUACCAACGGUGGGUCAUCUGCAGAGGGCGGCGAGGGCAACACAAGCAGCAGCAACGCCAGCAGCAACACCACCAGCAGCGACGAGAUGAUCCUGUUUGUGGGGCCACACCAGUCGCGGGCACAGCGUACUGCAGCCCUGCGCAUGAAGUAUGAGCAGCAGCAACAGGAACGCGGGGAACGCUACAGAGGAGUUAACCUGUACGUUAAGAACCUUGACAACUCUGUAGAUGAUGACAAGUUGAGGGAACUAUUUGAACGCUUCGGCCCGACAAGCAGUGUAAAGGUUAUGAGAGACGAGAAGGGCGUUUCUAAAGGCUUUGGUUUUGUAUGCUUCGUAUCUCCCGAUGAUGCUAGCAAGGCCGUGGCAGAUAUGCAUCUUAAAUACGUUAACGGCAAACCCCUAUACACAGGGCUGGCAGAGAGAAGAGAACAGAGGCAACAGCGCCUGCAGCAGCGCUUCCGCUUGCCGCAGCUGAGACAGGGAGCUGCUGCUGCGGUACCAGGACAUGUCGGAUACCCAGGCGCAGCGGCGGCAGCAGCAGCUGCUGCUCUUCCAGGAGUUGCUGCCUAUCAGCAGCGCGCCAUGAUGUACCCUGCGCAGUCACACAUGGCUGUUCUGCCAUGGGCAGGCAGACAACAACAACAGCAACAGCUGCAGCAGCAAGGACUCGCCUUGCAACGCGGAUUGCCUCCGGCUGCGUUACAGCACAUCUACGCUCCGCAGUCCGCCGUCGCCGCUGCAGCAGCCCUCCAGGUUUCCUUGCAGCAGCAGCAACAACAACAACCCAUCAUGCAGCAGCAACGAGGAGCGCCUGCACACAGAGCUGCGCGUGGGGGAGCAGCAGGCAGUGCAAAGCAGCAGCAGCAACAGUUGCUGAAGCAGCAGCAGCAGCUUCCCGGAGGUGGCUCAUUCAAAUUCACACCACAGGUGCGCAAUCCCCGUGUGGAUCAGCAGCAGCAGCCGCAGCAGCCUCCUCCUCCUCUGCACGUGCAACAGCAGCAGCAGCCACCUCUUGAGGCGGCGCACGUGCUGCUUUCUCCCGAGGCGCCUCUUACUGCAGCGGCUUUAGCAGCAGCACAGCCCUCGAUGCAGAAGCAAAUGCUGGGAGAGAGGCUCUUCCCCCUAAUUGCAAGACACCAGCCUGAACUUGCCGGCAAAAUUACAGGAAUGAUGCUUGAGAUGGAUAAUAGCGAAUUGCUUAUUCUAUUGGAAAGCGAGUCUCAACUUAAGAACAAGAUAGAGGAGGCUCUUGGUGUCCUUCGUGGUGCAAACUAA